AGGCUUAAGCUUAGAGUAAGGUUUAGGGGUAUGGGUAGAUGUUUGGUUUCUGUGGGACCCAAAAAAAAAAUUGGUGAAUGUCGCGAGACUUUUCCCAGCUCGAGAGGGUUCCCUUCUAGACACGACCCGGGAAAGAGUACACCACCACAUAGCGCAUGCGUAUUGUGCACAGUGUGAUUGAUGGUCCGUUGGCUGUUUGUGUGUGCUGGAGCACCCGAGAACCCGAUCAGCUGCACUUCUAGCCAGUGUGUGCAGCUGGAAGCUUCACCGCCGAGGUCGAAGGAUAUUAUUGAGGCUCCUCGUUAUAAAUAUGUCUACAAAUAAAGUAAAGAAAGUAAAAAUGGCUACCAAAUCAUGCCCCGAGUGUGACCAACAGAUCCCUGUGGCUUGUAAAUCCUGUCCUUGUGGUUACGUCUUCAUCAGCCGAAAGCUUCUCAAUGCUAAAUUAAACGAGAGAUCAAAUCCAGUGAUGGAUCCCAAAAGAAGACGUACAGAAAGAAUCAGAAAAGAGAAGAUAAACUUAACAUCUACCAAUGAUAUGGAAAAUGGGAGACAAUCCCGUUCUAACAGUCAAUCAGAUCCAAUUCGUAGAGGGCGCGGCAGACCAAAAACUGUUGGACUGAAGAAGCAGGAGGAAGAAAAAGAAAAACAGGAAAAGGAGGUUGACAUUUAUGCCAACCUCUCAGAUGAGAAGGCUUUUGUGUUCUCUGUGGCCUUGGCUGAGAUUAACCGCAAAAUUUUGGGCCAGAGACUCAUCCUGUAGGAGGGGGUGGUGGAAACAAUUGCAGCCGAAACUCAGGACUCUCACGACGUGGGUAUGCGGGUGUCCCAUAUGUCUGAUGGAAAAGAGGGUGGAAAACUGUGACCCGGAAAUGCUUAUGACUGUGGCUUAAACCCUGCCUGUGUGGCCGAAGCUCAGUGGUCCUACCGUGGAUAAUUCAGACACAUGCUCUGCAGAUCUCUAUGAGGGGAAAAAUGACUGUUAUACUCGACAAGAGAGAAAAACUAGUAAAUGUUAAUGGUGUAGGAUUCUAUUUAUCUUUUAAUCAAAAUUGUAUGGAUUGUAUUAAGGUUUCCUCAGUCAUUUCCUAAAAAUUCAAGCUGUUUUUCAGGAAACAGUGAGUUCAUUGUGCACCGCAAAAGAGCAAUAGAUGUGCAAGGUAUGUGCAUUAUAUCACAUGGCUGGAACCAUUUAAUUCAAACAUGUAAGCUGAUCUUUUAUACUGUUUAUUUAGGUGCCAGUGAGCCAUAUGAAUUUAUAAGUAACUUAAUGGGUUUUAAACCCAGGGGAAUGCCUGAUAAAUGAUUAUUUAUUAUGCCUCUACCACCCUAAUUUAAGUGCAUAUUUUUAUUUUGUUUUCCUUUUGUUAUUGUUUUACAAAUGGUAACUAUGUGUAAAAUUCACCCUGUAUAUGGAUUUAUUAAAAUCAAGUCACAA